ACUACUACCUUGGAACGCGCAGCUUAGAGCACAAAUCUGAUCCAGAUAUACACAGAUGCAACACAUUGCCGCACACAAUGAGGGACCAGCUGCGUUUGGGAUCGAUCCUGGAUCCCAAAUUCGAGGCACGAGUGUUCCUGGCGAACUAUGCGAUCGAAUCAUCGAUGCCGUAGGCUACGGGGUCCGUGAAUGGGACUUUGUGACGUGCCGCGAUUCGUUACGGGCAUGUUCGCUUGUCUGCAAAGCAUGGCUUCCCCGCAGUCGGAUGCAUCUGUGGACUACUGUCACGCUCUGCGGGCGGAACGAGCUUCAAGCCCUUUCCCGUGUUCUGACUAAAUACAGCCACUGGGGUAACAAUGUCUUCGAGCUCAACAUAGACAUCGACGACGCUGGCUGGCAGACAUUCCCUUUACUCCUCGCUCACAAGCUCCCUAGAAUGGUGCAACUCCGCUUGCAGGGCCGACGGGAACACAAUGGCAAUCUGCUACUACGACCACUUCAUUUCUCCGCGCUUUCUACGUUCACCUCGUGCCUACACUGGACCGAAUGGAGACAUUGCGCGGUUCCUUCCGCUCCUCUCUACAAGGCUACGUCCGUCACAAGAUUUCAGAUCUCCGACGUCGCGCUUCCAUCGUUGUCUGCGUUGGGCUAUGUGCUCAUAUCACUGCCUAGUCUUACAACGCUCAUAUGCGAAUUCGUCAGUUGGGACAAUGACGGAAGCAGCCUCCCAUUUACCCCAUCGACGACAGGAUUGCUGCACAUCCAUGACUUGUCGAUUCGCGAUAUGGACUUCUCCGAGGAGCUCCUCGAUGGAUUGCUCACUAUCAUCGACCCCAAAGCUCUUGACACACUCCGCGUCUUUCCCCGGUCAAUGGAUCAGAUCCAGAAUGUUGGCAGACUCUGUGAUAGAGCGGGCCCUUCGCUACGACACCUGUUCAUCGGCGAUACAUCAAAGAUGUCAGUCGGCGCGUCGAACUAUCCAAACCCGUUCCCGGGUCUAUGCAACAACAUAAAUAUUAAGACACUUCGCUUCGAAGCUUACGGACGCGACCUUCGCUGGUUAUCGCUGGCGGUUGAACACUUCCAGCUUCCCUUCCUGACGAGGCUGAUUGUCAUGAGCAACUGCCCAUUCAAGCUGCGGAAGCUGCACCUGAGCCAACUCGAUCGUUGCGUCUCUCGUAUAGGAUUCAAUCCUGGGGAAGUCGUCUUCGAGAUUUACUCAUACCAGCUGGAGCGAUUGACUCGUAUGUUGCCCGAGAUCUCGCGGAUGAUGGUGAAGACAUGUUCCCGCGGUGCUCUACGGUUUCAGCCAGGACCAGAGUGUGAAUGGUGGGAGAGAUUAUGAAGAAGGUGAAGAACUAGGUUACGUGCCCUGGUCGUCCUUUUGUGGCUGAUUCCGUCCACCAACGCGUGUACAUCAUCUGGAUUCACGCUUUCUACAUCUUCG